GUUGAGACAUGUCAGUAAAGACAACUUCACUUAUUCACAGACAUUAAGCUGCCUGCCAUCCUUAUAGUAAGCGUUUUCCCGGAUUUAAACAGCACUGAAAAUUGCGACACAAUGGCAGGCACAUUUCAGGGGAACUGUCUGUGUGGCGUUCUCAGUGCAGGAAUGUUUGUGGCAGGAUGUGCCUUCCUCCUUAUAGCAGCCUUUCCAGUGGGUCAGAUUGCUCUGGGUGCAGUUUACAUACAUGAGUGUCCAGUAGGACCAGUUAUCCCAGUUUAUAUGAUAGUAUUUGGGAUCUUGGCCCUGCUGAUGAUGGUCAUGUUCACGCUGCUGAAGUUCCUCUCUCCAGCAGCACAGAAUCACAACAUCUGGAUUAUCUGUAUCAUCAUCCUGCUCUUCUUGUUUUUCGUCUGUCUUCUAUUCGGCAGUUACCACAUUUAUUCCAUAUAUCCACCCAAGUAUAACAAGAACACCACAGGCUCAAACAGCUCCACCAGGAAGAUCUAUGCCGUUACUUCACCCGACAGCCUGAUCUCAGAGAACCAGAGCCUUCAGAGCUCCAACCACAGCCAGAUCUUCUGGGGGAUGAUUCAAACUGGGGCCCUCAAAAACAUGAGCAGAAGGACAAACAGAGACCUGAAAAACACCCAACAACUACAUAAAGUUGUAGCUGUGCUGCUAUAUUGCAACAGAACUAUGUACCUGUUUGCUUUUUGGACCACCACGCUGGUACACGUGCUAGUGGGAAACACACUGCUGCUCAUCAUUUGUCUGUAUGGUUUCAUGAAAUGCAUGGAUGUGUUUGUACGACAUCUCACGGCCUGAACCGACUGUUGAAAGACAGAUAAAGUCAUUACUCUGUUGAAGUUAUGUAGAAGAAUGAAACAAGCAGACUGAUAACUGUCCCGUAUGGAGCACUGAAACCGUAAAUCAAUACUGGUACAUUAUCUCUCUCUAGGAUAUUAAAAGUAUUUGUGUUUUA